CAGACCUGGCGUUCUGUUUCCUUUCUCGUCACCACACCCCUGGAGAGUCCCUGAGUGGCGACUGUUGACCCUUUAUAUAUACAGCAAUAGAUGCUGUGGAGGAAAGGACCCCCCACACACAAUUGCCUAGGCCUCUGUUUGCUGGCCUGGGCCUGCUUUGUAGCUAACAGACCUAAAACCUCAACCAAACUAAGGCCUAGUCUACACUACAAGUUUAGGUCGAAUUUAGCAGCGUUAAAUCAAAUUAAGCCUGGACACGUCCACACGACAAAGCCCUUUUUUUUUUACUUAAAGGGCCCUUUAAACCGGUUUCUUUACUCCACCUCCGAUGAGGGGAUUAGUGCUGAAAUCGGCCUUUCCAGAUCAGAUUUGGGGUAGUGUGGACGGAAUUCGACGGUAUUGGCCUCCGGGAGCUAUCCCAAAGUGCUUCAUUGUGUCCGCUCUGGACAGCACUCUCAACUCAGAUGCACUGACCAGGUAGGCAGGAAAAGCCCUGCGAACUUUUGAAUUUCAUUUCCUGUUUGCCCAGCAUGGACAGCACAGGUGACCACACAGAGCUCAUCAGCACAGGUAACCACGGAGUCCCAGGAUCACAAAAGAGCUCCAGCAUGGACCGAACGGAGGUACGGGAUCUGCUCGCCAUAUGGGGAGACGAAUCAGUGCUAGCUGAACUCCAUAGCAGUAAAUGAAAUGGCAAAAUAUUAGAAAAAGUCUCAAAGGCCAUGAAGGACAGAGGCCAUAACAGGGACUCACAGCAGUGCCGUGUGAAAAUUAAGGAGCUAAGGCAAGCCUACCGCAAAGCCAGAGAGGCAAACGGAAGGUCCAGGGCAGAGCCGCAGACAUGCCGCUUUUACACGGAGCUGCAUGCAAUCCUAGGGGGUGCAGCCACCAAUACCCCAACCGUUUGCUUUGACUCCGUCAAUGGAGAAGCACGCAACAGGGAAGCAGGUUCGGGGUACGAGGAAGAUGAUGAUGAAGACAAUGAAGAUAGCUCACAGCAAGGAAGCGGAGAAACCGGUUUCCCCAACAGCCAGGAUAUGUUUAUCACCCUGGACCUGGAACCAGUAACCCCCGAACUCACCCAAGGCGUGCUCCCAGACCCUGAGGGUGCACAAGGGACCUCUGCUGCAAAUGUUUCUCCUUCACAGAGGCUAGUGAAGAUUAGAAGGAGAAAACGGCGGACUCGGGAUGAUAUGUUCUCAGAGCUCCAGAUGUCCUCCCAUGCUGACAGAGCACAGCAGAAUGCGUGGAGGCAGUCAAUGUCAGACUACAGAAAAGCACAAUAUGAACGAGAGAAGAGGUGGUGGGCUGAAUCGCGGGAUGAACAGAGCAAGUGGCGGGCUGAAGAUGAUAGGUGGCGUCAGCUUGCAGACAGAAGGCAAGAGUCGAUGCUCCGGCUGCUGGAGCAUCAAAUUGAUAUGCUCCAGCAUAUGGUUUAGCUGCAGGAAAGGCAGCAGGAGCAGAGACCGCCGCUACAGCCCCUGUGUAACCAACAGCCCUCCUCCCCAAAUCCCAUUGCCUCCUCACCCAGACGCCCAAGAAUGCGGUGGGGGGCCUCCAGCCACCAAGCCACUCCACCCCAGAUGAUUGCCCAAGCAUCAGAAAGCUGGCCUUCAAUAAGAGUUAAAGUUUUAAAGAUUUAAACUGCAGUGUGUCCUUUUCCUUCCCUCCUCCCCCACCCCUCUCGGGCUACCUUAGCAAUUAUCCCCCUAGUUGUGUGAUGAAUUAAUAAAGAAUGCAUGAAUGUGAA